AACCCAAACACUUGUAAUCCUGAUAUCGUAUUCAAUCGUUGUCAUCGCAGGAGCCUGUUGCAUACAACCAUGAAUACCAUCGUCUCCAUCGCUCUGGUCGCACUUCUGUGCUGCUCCGCCCUUGCUAGUAACUAUGGUUACAAUGGGUACGGCCACGGCAAUGGGUACGGCCACGGCAAUGGCUACAACAGCUAUCCAGCAUACCGAGGAUACGGCUACAACAGUCACCCUAGCUACGGUUACGGCAACGCUGGUUACGGCUACAACGGUCACCCAGGUUACAAUGGUUACGGUUACAACACCUACCCCAAAUACUACAACAGAGGACACCCCAGUUACGGAUACAACAACAAAGGUUACGGAUAUGGUAACCGAGGUUACUAUCACUGAACUGAUGACGUCACAGACGCGGCCAUCUAGAUGGAAGUUUAGUCAAACCACUCAGUGUUUGUAAAUAAAAUAUUUUGUACGGUU